GGUGUUGGCUGGAGAGUUACACCGGAGGCAUUGCAGGAAAGGGGCCCAAUGUUUGCCUCCGGCUCUCCUCCGAACCUGGAGGAGGACUCUCAAAAAACAGGUGCAACAGGAAGCCUCCAGAACGUGAAGAAAUUUAAUAACCAGGACUUUGACCACCUGCGAGCCUUGUGUCUGAGGCAAGGACUGCUUUUUGAGGAUGCCACCUUCCCUGCUCACAUCAGCUCCAUUGGUCUCAACCUGCUCCCAGGGGAUCAGCUGCAACAAAUAAAAUGGAAGAGGCCAAUUGAACUUCAGAUAAAUCCUCAUUUGAUCAUGGAUGGAGUUAGCAGAUUUGAUAUCAUGCAAGGAGAAAUAGGUGACUGCUGGAUGCUGGCUGCCCUGGGCUCCCUGACAAUGCAGAAGCAGUUUUUGCAAAAUGUUUUACCAAAGGACCAAGGAUUUCAGGGCAAUUAUGCUGGGAUUUUUCAUUUCCGGUUCUGGCAGUAUGGAGACUGGGUGGAUGUAGUGAUAGAUGACCGGCUGCCGUUCCUAAAUGGAAGAUACCUGUCUGUACACCCUCGAACGUCAAAUGAAUUCUGGCCAUCCUUGCUGGAAAAAGCCUAUGCCAAAUUGCAGGGCUCCUACCAGAACUUGCACGGAGGCUACCUUUCUGAUGCUUUAGUAGACUUUACAGGGGGAGUCCAAAUGGAGUUUUCAUUGAAGAGACCCCCUCCUGAUCUGGAGGAGAUCCUGAAAGCAGCUGGCAAAUCUCAGUGUCUGGUGGGGUGUAGCACCUCAGGCCAGAUGAGGAGAAACAUGGAGCUGAGAAAUGGAAUUGUACAGGGUCAUGCCUACACUGUCACAGGAGCUGUGAAGCUACGCUACAAGAAUGGCUGGAAACACAUCAUCAGAAUCUGGAAUCCGUGGGGCCAUGGGGAGUGGAAGGGGCCUUGGAGUGAUGACUCUCCCCAGUGGGACCACGUUGAGCCUAAAUACAGAGAAGAACUCCUCAGGAACAAGGAUGAUGGAGAAUUCUGGAUGUCUUGUGAAAACUUCCAGGAGCAGUUUUCCUGGGUGUGUAUAUGUAACACCAGCCCAACCUUUCUGGACUUUGGAGAUCAGCACCGCACAACAUGGUCUGUGGACAGGCACAUCAACCUGUGGAGUCCAGCCCUUGCUGCAGGUAAUGGAUAUUUCCCAGCAGGCACAGUUUCAAGGAACCUCCAGUAUUUUUUCCAAGUGCCAGAUUUUGACUCCAAAAACUAUAAUGUAGUAAUUUCGCUCAUGCAAAAACAUGCUGAGGAUACGCCGCAUGCAAAAAACCUGAAGAUUGGAUUUUUGAUCACCACGGGGAGCUCCCAAGUUCUGAAACAAGGUUUUUCUCCAAUUCGAGAUGUGACCAGCUGCUUUAUCUUGAAUCCAGGAACCUAUGCUGUCAUUCCUGCUACAACAGAGGGCCAAGAAUUUGAAUUUCUCUUACGAAUUUUCGUGAAGAAUCAAGACUUCAACGAGAACUCGGACUCCUCAGCCAGCACAGUGCUGCCAAUGGAUGUACCACGGGAAAACCUGGACAGUUCCUAUAAGGCUGUCUUCCUGAAAUAUGCUAAACAGGGCUCAGCUAUCGAUGCCUCGCAGCUGCAAGAACUCCUUAACAAAGUGCUCCUGCAAGAUGAAAUGACCGGCCUGGGAGGAAGAUUCAGCUUCGAUUCAUGCAGAGGCAUUUUAGCUCUGAUGGAUCUCAACUCAAACGGACAACUCACAAUGCAGGAGUUUGGGACCCUCUGGCGAAAAAUCACGAAGUACAUGGAUAUCUUCAGCAAGGAAGACAGAAAUCAUUCUGGAUAUCUCGAUGUGUCUGAAAUGAAGAGCGCAAUACAGAGAGCAGGUCUGGCUGCCAGUGAGCAACUCCUGCAGCUCAUGGCCUUGCGAUAUGGUGAUACUACCAGGAGAAUUGGCUUCUGUGACUUUGUGUGCUGCAUGCUGCGCUUUGAAACCAUGACCUAUGCAUUUGAAAACUUGGCAGACGGUGGAUCACAAAUUGUGAUGACAGCAAUGGAGGUAAGAAUGCUUCGUCUUUCUUCUCCCUCCAGGUCCAAAGUGGGACCACUGAGUAUGUUAGCAGGAGAGUGA